GCAGAGGCGGACGAUGAACAAGCUCUACAUCGGCAACCUGAGCCCGGCCGCCACCGCCGAGGAGCUCCGGCAGCUCUUCGGGGACAGGAAGCUGCCGCUGGCCGGGCAGGUCCUGCUCAAGUCCGGCUACGCCUUCGUGGACUACCCGGACCAGAGCUGGGCCAUCCGCGCCAUCGAGACCCUCUCCGGUAAAGUGGAAUUACAUGGCAAAGUCAUGGAAGUGGAUUAUUCCGUCCCUAAAAAGCUCAGGAGCAGGAAGAUUCAGAUCCGGAAUAUCCCCCCUCAUCUACAGUGGGAGGUGCUAGAUGGCCUUUUAGCUCAGCAUGGGACAGUUGAGAAUGUGGAGCAAGUUAAUACUGACUCAGAAACAGCAGUUGUCAACGUUACAUAUGCAACUAAAGAAGAAGCAAAAGUAGCAAUUGAGAAGCUUAGUGGUCACCAGUUUGAGAACUAUUCAUUCAAGAUUUCCUACAUCCCGGACGACGAGGUGAGCUCCCCUCAGCCCCCUCAGCGAUCCCGGCGUGGGGGCCACUCUUCCAGGGAGCAGGGCCCCUCCCCCGGGGGCUCCUCGCAGCCCAAACAGCACGAUUUCCCACUACGGAUCCUGGUCCCCACACAGUUUGUUGGUGCGAUCAUAGGAAAGGAGGGCUUGACCAUAAAGAACCUUACUAAGCAAACCCAGUCCAAGGUGGAUAUUCAUCGAAAGGAAAAUGCUGGUGCUUCAGAAAAACCAAUAACAAUUCACGCCACCCCUGAGGGGUGUUCAGAAGCAUGUCGCAUGAUACUUGAUAUUAUGCAGAAGGAAGCUGAAGAAACCAAAUCAGCUGAAGAGAUUCCUUUGAAAAUCUUAGCUCACAAUAGCCUGGUUGGGAGAUUGAUUGGUAAAGAAGGACGAAAUUUGAAGAAAAUUGAGCAGGACACAGGGACCAAGAUCACAAUUUCUCCUUUGCAGGAUUUAACAAUUUAUAACCCUGAGAGGACCAUCACCGUGAAGGGUAGUAUUGAGGCCUGCUCCAACGCUGAGGUAGAGAUCAUGAACAAGCUUCGGGAAGCCUACGAGAAUGACAUUGUGGCGGUCAAUCAACAAGCCAAUCUCAUCCCUGGACUUAAUCUCAAUGCCUUGGGCAUCUUCUCUACAGGCUUGUCCAUGCUUCCCUCUGGAGCUGGAGCCCGCAGACCUGCUGUCACUGCCCCCUACAACCCUUUUGCUAAUCAAGCGGCAUACCUCUCGAGCCUCUAUGGAGCCUCGCCAACUGGCGCAUACCCACAUCAGCACUCCUUGCCAGAGCAAGAGGUGGUGAAUUUGUUCAUCCCCAUGCAGGCAGUGGGUGCCAUUAUUGGAAAGAAGGGGCAACACAUUAAGCAGCUGGCAAGAUUUGCAGGAGCUUCUAUCAAGAUUGCACCAGCUGAGAGUCCAGAUGCCAGUGAGAGGAUGGUUAUCAUUACCGGGCCUCCAGAAGCACAGUUCAAGGCCCAAGGACGAAUAUUUGGGAAACUGAAAGAAGAAAACUUCUUCAAUCCAAAAGAAGAAGUGAAGCUUGAAGCCCAUAUCAAGGUGCCUUCCUCUGCAGCAGGCCGUGUGAUAGGAAAAGGCGGGAAAACGGUGAAUGAACUACAGAACUUAACUAGUGCAGAAGUAAUUGUACCACGUGACCAAACACCUGACGAAAAUGAGGAAGUUGUCGUCAAAAUAAUCGGUCACUUCUUUGCCAGUCAGACUGCACAGCGCAAGAUCAGGGAAAUUGUCCAGCAGGUGAAACAGCAGGAACAGAAACACCCUCAGGGAGCCCCUGCCUCGCAGCGCAGCAAAUGAGGCUCCAGGUGCUAGCCAACAACUGAUGAAUGUAGCCCUUCCAACACCUGACAGCAUAACCGAACAGGGAGCAAACCAAAGACUAUCUGGAGGCAUCAAAGUCUGCCCAAGGGGGCUGGGGCUCUGCAAAGGACUUACAGUAACACAGGCGGGGGGUGGGUGGAUUUCAGCAAGUAGGGGACUGCCUCCGUGCCACAGCCUAAAUGGAGUCUGUCUAACAGUACAACGCUAUCCCUUUAGUUGGACUAACAUAGGCGGAAAUUUUGCAGACAAACCCGUUCAGAAUCUGUUCUGUACAUGUGUGUACAUACUAGGAAACCAUUCUUUCUUUAUUUCUUUUUUACACAGUGCAUGGGCUGCUGUACAGGACAGCGUUAAUAUAUUUUAGAAUUAAUAUAGCUAACUGAACUAACUCCAGUCUUUAAUUUCUUUUUAAAACAGUAACGUUUUAUUUUUAGAACAUGCGGGCUUUUCUAGACUUAAACGGAAAGAAACUAGUCAGUUAUGGAUUUCUAACAGAAAGUAGGAUGGAGAGAUAGGAUUGCCAGCAGCAACAUUUAAAAACAGGAGUUAAAAAAAAAGAACAAUAUUUAGGUGGAUUUUAGGAAGACUGAUGGCAUCUGCAUGCCAUCUGGGAUCGCCUGUAUGUGCCAACAGAAGGGAUACCGUCUCGUUAGCAGAGGAAUCUCUAUGCAUUUCUUUCUCCAGCUCAUGUGACCUUCUCUUUGCUUCACAGAUCUCAAAACUGGUUUUUGCAUACAGUCUCUCCUUUUGUACCACCAAACAAUGCAGUGCUCCGAGUAAACACAUCACAGAAAGAAAAAAAAACCCACCUAGCCACAACUUCCAUUUUGCUUAUCAGAAUGCCAAGCUUCAGUGAGACCUGAUUUCCUUUUGGGGGGCAGGGGAUCUCUCACCCAGCUCACAGGAAAACUGCACACCUGGUACAUUAUUGCAUGUAGGAUGCUGCCACCAAUACUGUGGGAAAUGGGUUUUUAAAAUGGGGAUUGACAAGAGGUUGUUGGCCCAGGGCAUGAAAAUUGCAACUUUUUUUUUCAAAAAGAAAAAACAAACAAACUACCUCAGGUGUUUUCAUACCUCAGCACCUUGCUCUUGUGUAUCCCUUUUUGAGAUUUUGUAUGCCUUGUAAAACUGAGAGUUGGAGCAUUUUUUAUUUUUUUAAUAAAAAUGAGUUGGAAAUAAAUUUAGACAAAGACAGCUGGCAGGUGGAAGAAAGCAUCAUUCUGCAUGAUGACUUCUGUAUUCUUCUGCUAGAUGAGAGCCACUGGCCUUGAAACAGUUAAUAAUAAAAGGAUAGAAGUGCAAGAAACACUGGAGCAGAACUCCUGAGUUUGACAGGUUGAACACCAUUAGAGUUUUCUGUGCUAACAGAUGGAUGUUUUACUGGUUUCUGUGAACAUAUUGUACCAACAGAGUGCAAUGCCAGUUUUCUCUACUUCAACCAGUGUUCUGUGAAAAAAGAAAUAUAUCCAGCUAACAAGA